AUGCUAAGACCAGGCCCCUUCCUUCUUCUGGCUGCGUCCAUGUCGUAUUUCAACCCAGAGAAAGCUUUGGCAGCGCCUUCGGAAAACGAUGGUUUAUCUCAGGGCCGGAGUCCCCUGGCCCCUCCGUACGCUGUGGUCUUGAUCUCCUGCUCAGGCUUGCUGGCAUUUAUCUUCCUCCUCCUCACCUGCCUGUGCUGUAAGCGUGGUGAUGUGGGCUUCAAGGAAUUUGAGAACCCUGAUGGAGAGGAAUAUUCUGGAGAGUACACACCACCAGCUGAGGAGACCUCCUCCUCCCAGUCUAUCCCAGAUGUCUAUAUUUUGCCUCUCUCUGAGGUCUCACUCCCAUCUUCCAACCAACAGAUGCCCAAGACUGAUCUGGUGAAGCACCUGGGACUCAGCAGACAACACCUCAGUUAUCUGCAGGAGAUUGGGAAUGGCUGGUUUGGAAAGGUUAUUCUGGGUGAAAUAUUCUCGGAUUUCACUCCCGCACAGGUGGUGGUGAAAGAAUUACGGGUGAGCGCUGGGCCGCUGGAACAGAGGAAAUUCUUGUCAGAGGCCCAGCCAUAUCGAAGCCUCCAACACCCAAACAUCCUGCAAUGCCUUGGCCUGUGUACGGAGACCAUCCCCUUCCUGCUUAUCAUGGAAUUCUGUCAACUGGGAGAUCUGAAACGCUACCUUCGAGCCCAGCGCAAAGCAGAUGGGAUGACCCCUGACCUGCUCACCCGUGACCUCAGCACACUACAGCGCAUGGCCUAUGAGAUCACGCUAGGAGUGCUGCACCUGCAUAAAAACAACUACAUCCACAGUGAUCUGGCGCUUCGGAACUGCUUGCUGACCUCAGACCUCACAGUGCGGGUUGGUGACUACGGCCUCUCACACAACAACUACAAGGAAGACUAUUAUAUCACCCCUGACCGGCUCUGGAUCCCCCUGCGCUGGGUCGCCCCAGAGUUGCUGGACGAGAUGCACGGCAACCUCAUUGUGGUGGAUCAGACCAAGGAGAGCAACGUCUGGUCGAUGGGGGUGACCAUCUGGGAGCUUUUUGAGUUUGGCUCCCAGCCGUACCGGCACCUCUCCGAUGAGGAGGUGUUAACUUUUGUCGUCAAAGAGCAGCAGAUGAAGCUCGCCAAGCCACGCCUUAAGCUUCCCUACUCGGACUACUGGUACGAGGUGAUGCAGUCCUGUUGGCUGCCGGCUUCCCAUCGCCCAACCAUGGAAGAGCUACACCUGCAGGUGAGCUACCUGUUGAACGAGCGCUCCAACGCUCAAGCAGAGGAGAGCUUUGAGUGGCGCUGGAGCGCCCUGAAACCCAAGCGCUCCACCUCUCCGCCUCCUGCGUCCUCUUCCUCCGCACGCCACCGGCGCCCUUCGGAAGAGAUCUCGGCCUACCCGCUACUGGACGGGUUCCAUGGUGGUGACAUGGAUGACAUUCUGACAGUGACGGAAAGCAGUGGGGGGCUGAACUUUGAAUACAUGUGGGAGAAGGCCCGUCUGGGAAGAUGGAAGGGGCCCGCCUCGGCACCGCCGGAGUACCCCUCCAGCAACGGCGGGCUAGCGGUUCCCGGGAGCAAUCCUUUCUACGAACAAGUGUCCCAGCGCGGGCACAGCCUGGAGACUCCCAGCGUGGUGCCGGUCAUCAGUGCCCGCAGCCCCUCGGUCAGCAGCGAGUAUUACAUUCGCCUGGAGGACCACGGCGGCGGCGAGGGGCCGGUUUGCGCCCCCAGUCCCGGCUCCCCACCCCAGCCCCUCUUCCCCUCCGAUUGGGACUGCCGCAGCGCCCCCUAUCGGCCACAGGAGCAGUCCAGCACCAACCCCUUCUUGGCCGGUGGCAGCGGUGACAGCAACCCCUUCCGCGUGGACGGCGAGAUCCAGGAGACGUCGCUGACGGAGACGCCAAACGCCGGGGGUGAGGCAUUCCUAGCCGAGUCUCUCCUCACUGUGUAUCGAGAGCUGGAGGACCAGCAGCGUAGCUGGGAUGCUGAGAUGUUGGAAGAACGAGGGGCAGGGGAGACGCUGGCCGGGGACCCCUCGGAGUUCCAGGGGUCGCCCUCGUGGGAGCAGGAACCUUCGCUGAUGGAGGACCAGAGUUCCGGCAGCAGCACCGACGACGGAGGCAGCAGCAUCGGGGGUGGGCGCCGUAACCUCUUGCCGUGCCCGCUGUGCAGCCGGGCACGUUGCACGUGUGCCGUUCCCCGGGGGGAUGUGGUGAGCGGUUGGAGCAACCACGGCCCGCCCCUGCAGCGUCCUCAUCGCGACAGCUACGGCACCGAGGACGACUCCUCGCUGAAAGUGGAGCGGGGCUCGCUCUCUGACUGUCCUAUCCUGCCCCCCAGGGACUGCGAUGGCGAUGGCGGAGAACACGGUGAAUUCUACGACCCGCUCAUGGGUGCUGCUGUGAAGACAUACGAACUCCAGGACUACCCAAAACAAAGAGGGGGAGGAAGCACCCGCCCACCCGGAUCGCCCUUCCCAGCUCUGUCCUCUGGAUGUUGCAAUGUGAUUGUUCCCAUAGAAAUACCGCCAUUGUCCACUCUGGCCGAGACCAAUGACGAGGAGACGAUUGCCAUUCUCCCGGAAGCCAUUGAUGGAUUCUCCACUGGUCCGCCAACCCUUAGCCUCUCCCCAGCGGCACCGGAGCGGCAAAGGGGGACCCUAGACUCUGUGGAUUCCUUGGACAUUCCUUCAAACACCAGUUCCUCAGAUGUCUGCAGCCCAGCAUCCCAUUAUUCCUCUCCAGGGCAAAAAUUUGGUGACAGUGGGUAUGAAACAGAAAGCACCUUCUCACCGGAGUUCAUAUUCAAAGAGGAACCGCCACCUCCAACAACUUCUGGAGAGGAGGAAGAGAUAGAAGUGGAAGAAGGUUCGGACAAGCUUCCAGCAACACCAAUCUCCCAGUCCACCAGUGACCUUACCUUGUCCGUGAGUGAGGAAGGGCUGGAGCUAGAGGAAGAGUUAGGGAGGAGCUUAGGAUCAGCCACACCUCACCGUGACUCCGCCUACUUCUCCGAUGGGGAGGCAGAGCCCACUGUGGCGCCGGCUGCUGGAAACAAGGGGGAGGAGCCGACUGAGAAGACCAUUGUGGAUGGAGGAUUUGUGGUUCAAGUGUGCAAGGAGCAACUGUUGGUCACGUUGCAAGAAAACGUCACGCGCAACCUUCUCUGUAGUCAGGGAAUACCAACACGGGUGCUUUCUCCCAUUGCCCCGUUGAAGGAUCAGGCUGUUAUCAAGCUGUGGAGCCUGGAGCCAGAGGAGGGGCACGAGAUAGACGUAGAGGAGGAAGCCAAGGAAAGCCACAACGGAGACACCAUGGAGUCUCAGCCGCUGGAGGGUGUGGAGGAGAACACAAAGGAGGAAGAGGAGCAACAGGCGCACCUGGAGGAUGUGGUGGGAAGUGAAGAACCUGAAGAAGUGCCUCCAGACUGGGAGGAAGAGGAAAGGAAAGAAGAGGAGGAGCUAGGACAGAUGGGGGCCCAAAAUGUAACUGUGUCCGAUAUGGAAGACUUGCGGGAUGCACAAGACGACAAUAUCGCUCCCAUAAACCAAGCUGGAGAAGAUAUCAAAGCCAAGCUGUCCAGGUUGUCUCUCUCUCUUCCCCCUCUGGCCUUGCAGACAUUCCCUCCGCCCGGCGGGGGCAGGAAAGGGCCCUUUUGGGAAGGGGCUGCUCUGGGGGAAGGGCCAACCCUGGGAGGGAGAGAAGCUGCCGCAGCAGCCGAGGAAGAGGAGGAGGAAGAUGCCGACGAGGAAGAGGAAGGAGGCUUGGCUGGAGGGGGAGGGAGGAGCGUCCCGAUCGUGGUGAGCGAAAGCGACGACGCCCGUAACCUGCGCGGCCUCCUCAAGUCGCCCCGCUCCGCUGAGGAGGCUGCGGCGGAGCUCGACCGCAAGCGGAAGAUGGUCUCCUUCUUCGACGACGUCACUGUCUACCUCUUUGAUCAGGAGACACCCACCAAUGAGUUGAGUUCACAGGGAGCCCCAGAUGGUGAAGCCCCCUCACCUGGCGCAAUCACAGAACCUGGACUUGAUAGCUUCCCAUCAGCGGAUGGUUUCAGUGGCAGUUUUGAGUGGGAUGAUGAUUUUCCCUUGAUGGCCCAGAACCCAUCGUACGUCUCCAUGGUGUCCGACCCCAGUUCUGCCAAGCCCCACACUCUUUUGUCCUCACCAGUGCCCAUGGCCCCCGCACUGUUGCCAACAGCCAAGAGGGCCGAUUCCAGCCUCGUCGAUGCCCUGAGGUUUUCUCGCUUCACCGUCUCUCCUGCCCUGGAGCCACAUCUGUCUCCGACCUGUGACACUGAAUUGGGAACCACGGCUGACCCCGUUGAGAACUGA